CUUGUCUCUGUCAUUCUUCACAUCAAAUACACUGGUUCUCGCCCUACCUGACGGCUCUUCCACUCUGAAAUGAAAGGCUUCACCAAGACAAUAAAGCGGACGCCAUUCCUGGUGACCUCCAAGGUCGGGAUGACUAAAAAAUCCAACGACUCCGAAUUCGAUAAUUACGAACGGAGCUUCUCUUCGAUGGAGAACGCGGUUGAGAAAUUGUUGAAGGAUACCAAGGCCUUCACAGACAAUGUGAAUGGCCUUUUCACAUCUGGCGCUGGAUUCUCAACCCACCUCGCUGCGUUAUUCAAUCCCAUCACUGGAGAAUACGAUCUCACACACAAACAUCCGGACUCGAGCCACACCAUUAAAAGUGUGGAUGCGCAUACGAGUGCAAUGGAAGAAUUGAGGGCUUCUGUUGGACCUGAAUUAGAAUUAAUUGAAAGCCGGAUAGUUGGACCUACGAAGGAAUUCCAAUCGAUAAUGAAGAUCAUUCGCAAGACAAUCACGAAGCGUGAACACAAGUUGACCGACUAUGAUCGCUACAACAACUCCUUGACAAAGUUGAGAGAUAAAAAGGAGAAAUCUUUGAGUGACGAGAAGAAUCUGUUCAAGCUCGAGCAAGACUUUGAGAUGGCCUCGAAUGAAUACGAAUACAUCAACACCGCAUUGAAGAAUGACCUUCCGAGGUUCAUGCAAAUGGCCGCUCAGUUUAUCGACCCCCUCUUUCAUUCCCUAUUUUAUAUGCAGUUAAACCUCUUUUACUUGAUUCUAGAGAAGAUAAACAGUUUCGCUGAAGAGACUAAAUAUGACAUCUCGAAUAUUCCUGGGAAUCAAAUCACCGCAAACUAUGAAGAACAGCGAACAGACGCUUGGAGUCAGAUCGAGGAGCUGAAUAUCACGAAACGCAUAAUUUCGACCUCCAAGCUUGUACAAGCCAACCGCGCAAACAGCGUAGGGAGUAGCGUCGGCAGGAGUCCAUCGAUGGCCUCUUCGUCUUCCGGUACCAGUUCUUUCAAGAAAGCACCACCUCUACCAUCCGCAGUAUCGCAGUCUGCACCUCCACCCUAUACCCCUACCGCGUCAGGCACUAGUGCAGCGGCAGCAGCAGUUACGAAAAGAGCUCCUCCUCCUCCACCGCCAUUAAAGCCCAAACCCAAGCUUGCACCCAAACCGCAAUUUGUUGUAGCUUUAUACGACUUUGAUGCUCAGGCCGAUGGUGACCUGUCAUUUAAAGCUGGAGACCGGAUAGAAAUCGUAGAAAAGACGGCGAGCGCAGAGGAUUGGUGGACGGGUCGUCUAAAUGGGCAGCAAGGAGUAUUCCCUGGUAAUUAUGUUCACGAUACGUAGAACGAUUCACAGACUUUUGCGCACUGCAACGCAUGUCAUUCAUUGCCUUAUCGACAACGAAAGCUGUAUCGUAUCCAUAUCCUUCUUAUUUGAGGAACAUGUGCUAUCCUCAGCUCAUUGCUGUUAAACGAC